UUGCGUCCUUGCGAAACAUCCAUUGUGCACUUGCGCAGUAGGCAGUUCUUUCCAAGCGGAAGAGGUAUCUUCGAGAAACGGUAGCGUUGCAGUCCUUUCUGCUCGCGGACAGCCAUCAUGGUGUUCAAACGUUAUGUCGAGAUUGGCCGCGUUGCCUACGUUUCUUUUGGCCCACACGGUGGCAAACUGGUAGCCAUCAUUGACGUUAUUGACCAAAACAGGGCUCUGAUAGAUGGCCCCUGCUCUGGUGUAAAGAGACAGGCCAUGCCCUUCAAGUGCAUGCAGCUUACUGACUUCGUUAUUAAGGUCCCACACAGUGCAGGUCAGAAGGCAGUGAGAAAGGCCUGGGAGAAGGCAGAAGUCAAUGAGAAGUGGUCUUCAUCCAACUGGGCAAAGAAAAUUGCGGCCAAAGAAAAGAGGGCCAAAAUGACAGACUUCGACCGCUACAAGGUUAUGAAGGCCAAGAAAAUGAGGAACAAGAUCAUCAAGCAUGAAGUAAAGAAGCUCCAGAAAGAGGCUACCAAAGCAUAAAAACUGUUAAAUUGAUGAUAAAGUAUUGCUUGUAAAGUGCGUUCCUUUUGUAUAAUCAACAGUUAAAGAAAUAAAAUAAAAAAUAAGCUGUUA